AAUAUAACACCUUACGAAUUUAUAAGACAGCAUCACCUUAGCUACCAUGGCAUCUGCAAUGGGCAAGGAAGGAACUUUUCAAGCACCGCAGGAGCCACAGGCUCAACAGAAGCCAGGACUUGAAAAACAAAUGACACCGUCAAGUGAAGCGACUAAGCUGGAGUCAAGCGGGACUUUCGUUGAGUACGUGGGUUCUGGUAAACUGAAGGAUAAAAAGGUCCUUAUUACCGGCGGAGACUCCGGAAUCGGACGUUCAGUUGCCGCACUCAUGGCGAGAGAAGGGGCGGAUGUCACUAUCUCGUAUCUGCCUGAAGAGCAGGAGGAUGCCGAGGAGACGAAGAAACUGGUUGAGGCCGAGAAAAGAACAUGCCUUCUGUUUCCGGGGGAUUUGUCUAAUCGAGAGACAUGUCGUCAGGCUGUCGAGGAGCAUAUGAAAAGGUUCAAGAAAUUGAAUGUUCUUGUCAAUAAUGCUUCGAAGCAGUACAUGUGCAAGGAUCUGGCACAGAUUGAUCUUGAUCAAGUUGAACAUGUAUUUCAAACCAACAUUAUCCAGAUGUUCGCCCUGUCAAAAUUCGCUUUGCCGCAUCUAUCACGAGGAGAUUCCAUUAUAAAUACUACCUCCACAGUGACAUUUAGAGGCACAAGUGGUAUGGUCGACUACGCAGCGACGAAAGGUGCUAUAGUGGGAUUUACAAGGUCACUGGCAAAGCAGCUGAUGCCAAAGGGUAUUCGGGUCAACGCUGUAGCGCCUGGCCCCGUCUAUACGCCUAUCCAGGUCGACACAAGAGCGCCAGAGGAAAUGGAAGACUUUGGCGCUGGGUCUUCUAUCGGUCGCCCUGGCCAGCCAAGCGAAGUCGCAACUAGUUUCGUCUUCCUAGCGAGUUCAGACGCUUCUCUUUAUUAUGGUCAAAUAUUGCACUGUUACCCCCUGGGUGACUAAGGCUCAAAAGACGAAGGAAGCCUCAGGGGUAUGAUUGAACUAAGGACGACGGUGAUUCGCUUAUUAUCAAUUCAUGAAGACGGUCCACAGAAUAUGACCACGUCAAAGGUUUGACAAGAAACAAAUCCAUAAUAAGGGGUCUAGUAGGGUGUACAUAUCUACACUCGCUAAAUGGGGGUUUCAUUCAAAGACUCUGGAGUACAUUUGAGGCACUAGGAUUGGUAAUACUGGAAGUCGAAGUAUUAACGUCAAGUAUAACUACCAGUAGGACUAGUAGAAAACCAGCUCGAUUCUUAUUUAUCUAAUAAGAUGCAGCUAGUGAUGGCUCUGGGAUCUUUAGACUCUCACGCGAGGUUAGACGCACACGAUCUAUA